UAUUGGCCUCAUUCUUAAGCUGCUUUCUUCUUUGCUUCAAUAGCAGCAAACCAACCAGGAAGGACUCUCAUUGCUCUGUUUUGGGUCAUGUGCCAAUCACUUGAGCCAGUCACUUUUGCUUGGAGGAAAUGAUGCUAGGAUCAUGCCUGGAUUGUCUGACCACCCUGGAACCAGGGAAAGGGUCAUUCCCACCUGACACACAUGAACCGAGCUAGCAGACGAGGGGUGGGCAAACUUUUCCUAGAAAGGGCUUAGUCUGUCACAACCACUCCUAGAAAGUGUGAAAGCAGCCAUAGGUGGGACAUUAUAAUGAAUGGGCGUGUCUAUGUUCCAGUCUUACUUCAUGUACAAGAACAGGCAACAGAUUGGGCCCCGUAGUUUGCCGAUCUUUGUAAUAGACAGUUUGGGUGCUGUAACCAGAGAGGAGGGAAUGGACCCAGGUUGGGCAAACUCCACAGCACCUAGGAAGAGUGGGGGGAAUCAUGGAAAAUGAGCCUGCAAGCUCAGGUCUUGUAGGGUCUUGAAUGCCAGAUCAAGGAAUUUGAAUUGGCCUCUGAACCAGUGGAGAAUCCUGAUAGACCCUGAAAUCGUAGUCAGGUACCUGUUUGCCCCAGAUGCCCAGAUGUUGAGUAUUACAGAUGCAUGGCCUAGGUCCUAGCACUGAGCUGGAGGACAGUUGCACUUUACCCUGGCUGCUGACCCAUUGUGCAAGCGGGGGACUCUUUCUGGGGGCCAGGGGUGGGGACCCUCUGGGAAGACACUUACUUUGGUUUUGCCACAAGUAGAGAAGAGGGCUGGAACCUUCCCAGCACGGCCGACACACCGCACAACACUGGAAGGCCCCAUUCACCUGGCGGUCAUUAUGAAUGAUACCACCUAGAGCUUUGCAGUCUAAAGCCUGAACAACGGAUGGCUGGCCGGAGCAGUGACAAGGAUGGGGACUCUGUCCACACAGCCAGUGAAGUCCCUCUGACCCCACGGACCAACUCCCCAGAUCGAAGAUGCUCAUCCUCAGACACGUCAAAGUCUACGUACAGCCUGACCCGAAGGAUUUCAAGUCUUGAAUCCAGACGACCCAGCUCCCCGCUCAUUGAUAUUAAACCCAUCGAGUUUGGCGUUCUCAGCGCCAAAAAGGAGCCCAUCCAGCCCUCGGUGCUCAGACGGACUUAUACCCCAGACGACUAUUUCAGAAAGUUCGAGCCCCAGCUGUACUCCUUAGACUCCAACAGCGACGAUGUGGACUUCCUGACCGAUGAGGAGAUCUUGUCCAAGUACCAACUGGGCAUGCUGCACUUCAGCACCCAGUACGACCUGCUGCACAACCACCUGACGGUGAGGGUGAUCGAGGCCAGGGACCUGCCACCCCCCAUCUCCCAUGAUGGCUCACGCCAGGACAUGGCGCACUCAAACCCCUACGUCAAGAUCUGUCUCCUGCCGGACCAGAAGAACUCGAAGCAGACGGGGGUCAAACGCAAGACCCAGAAACCUGUGUUUGAGGAGCGUUACACCUUUGAGAUCCCCUUCCUAGAAGCGCAGAGGAGGACCCUGCUGCUGACCGUGGUGGAUUUUGAUAAGUUCUCCCGCCACUGUGUCAUUGGGAAGGUGUCCGUCCCUUUGUGCGAGGUUGACCUGGUGAAAGGCGGGCACUGGUGGAAGGCGCUGGUCCCCAGUUCUCAGAAUGAAGUAGAGCUGGGGGAGCUGCUUCUGUCACUGAAUUAUCUCCCAAGUGCUGGGAGACUGAAUGUUGAUGUCAUUCGAGCCAAGCAACUUCUUCAGACAGAUGUGAGCCAAGGUUCAGACCCCUUUGUGAAAAUCCAGCUGGUACAUGGACUCAAGCUUGUGAAAACAAAGAAGACAUCCUUCUUAAGAGGCACAAUUGAUCCUUUCUACAAUGAAUCCUUCAGCUUCAAAGUUCCCCAAGAAGAGCUUGAAAAUGCCAGCUUAGUGUUUACAGUGUUUGGCCACAACAUGAAGAGCAGCAACGACUUCAUCGGAAGGAUUGUCAUUGGCCAGUACUCUUCAGGCCCCUCCGAAUCCAACCACUGGCGGCGAAUGCUCAACACUCACCGCACGGCCGUAGAGCAGUGGCACAGCCUGAGGUCUCGGGCCGAGUGUGACCGUGUGUCUCCUGCCUCGCUGGAGGUGACCUGAGAGCUGUGGGAAAAGCAGCUUUCAUUUGUUUAAAAAAAAAAAAAAAGAAGAAAAUUUAAGGCAGAAAGAAAACAUGUCACAUGCCUAUUACAUCCACACAACACACACACACACACACACACACACUCAAAUACACACACACACACACUAAAUCCUCUCAGAACUGAGAGGAAGCUGACUAUUGAACACAAAAUGGUUGCCCUCAAUGAGCAAAGCCUGAGAACUUUCUAGAAACCCCAUCUGUACGUCACGAGCUGAGUGGGCUCUGCUGUGAGACUUAUUGGCAGUGCUUGCUCCUGUUGAUACCCUUACCCCUAAAUGCACUUUCAACCCUCAGGCCAGAGAAGGGGCCUCCCCAAGGGUGCCAGCCUCCAUCGAGAUGAAAUUCUCCAAGAGCUUGGCCAGUGUGUGGGAGGCCCGACCCCCACACCCAAAAGGCACACCUGCUGAUUGGGUGGCUUUCUGAAUGGGCUGCUGUUCCCUGGGGGGUUCUUCAGACCUGAUACAUUCCCCCAAAAAUGUAAGUACCUUGUCUUCUCUUUAGUGGACGUGAUAGAUUAGACUAUUUGGAGAAGCCAGAUGGCCUCAAAAAAUAUUCCAGUGUAAGAAACUUCCCUGGCUUAACUGAAUUUGUCCUUGUGUUAGCUUAUUCCUAAGGACCCCCUGUGGGGAAUGUUUUCGUGUGUGCCCUCACAGGUGAACACGUGUGUGUCCCUGUGUGUCCUCCUGGCGAGCAAGGUGGUCGGCAGGACCUCAGUCCUGAGCACUCCCUUCUCUCUGCCCCUCCCAGUGAAAUUUCACCCCGUGUCCUCCUGUCUGUCACGGCCCCACCUUCAGUAACAGCAUGUGCGUAUGUCAAGUAAAUAGAAUAUGAUAGAGCAAAAGUAACCUUUUUUGACGAUUCAUGGUGAUUGUGGCACACGGAAGACUUGCAAAGGACGGUUACCUGGAUUAAAAUGGCCACCGUGCUCCCGUCCAAGAGGACUCCUUCCUUGUCAUACUCUGAGCAUCUUUCUGUGUUUGUGUGUGAACCAAAGUCAUUUUUCUCAUGCUAAGGAAUUAGUGUAGUUAGGAUAGAUCUCUCCCUGUUGGAUGCUUCUGUAUCUUUCCCACAGCCUCUUGUCUGGCAUAAUGGGGAGCUAUUUAUUGAAAUUAAAGAUUAUUUAUUUGUGCCA